GUGUCAGACAUUCCCACUGGGUGUGGAACAAACAAAAACGAAAGGCUACACAGAAAGCUUCGGAAAAUUGCAGGAAGAAGUAAGUUAGGUGUUAAACUUGCGUAUGCUCUGUUUACCAGAGCUUUUCAUCUCAUAAAUACUGAAACAGACGAAAAACAGGGAUGUAAAAAAGAAGUAGUGGAAACUAUCGAUGUAGAAGAGAAUUUUGGCUUUUAUAAGAAUGCCAAUGGAAGCGUUUUACCAGCUGAUAUCCUGAGUUUAAACGAAUCUAAAUCCGAUCAAGACAGUUUGAUGCUGGAAGCCAUUAUCAAUAGAGCAGACGUUUCGAGCAAAAUCUAUAAUAACGUAAAAGGUAAUGGACUAGAUGAACUGGAAAGUCACGACUUCCGUCGGUCACUAUUGGUUUUCCAGUCAAUGAAUAAAGAACAUAACACCAAUCAUUCAAGUCAAAGCAUCCUUGAUCAGCGCGCAGAAAAUAUGGGUUUUAAAAGACAACCAUCAUCAAAAGAUGGGGACUGCUUCUUUUUUUCGCUCGCCUUACAGAUAUCGAACUUGUUGACCACAUGCGACGAAAAAGUUGAAGAACAAUUCAACAAACUUGGAAUCAAAAAUCAACAAAGUAUUACCGAAAUAGCACGACGUUUGCGACAAUUAAUAGUUCAAGAAUGGCUAAGUAACAGCGAGCAAUACCAACCCUUUGUUCAACCGGGCCUUGACUAUUAUUCUGAAGCGAAACGAUUCUUAAUGCCAGGUCAUUUUGCAGCGAGUAUUGGCGAUGCUAUGCCACUUGCCGCAGCCAAUGUCCUCCACCUUCCCCUUGUCCUUGUAACGUCAGUAACAGAUUGGCCUUUAACAAUCGUUACGCCACACGUUCAGGCCAUUUCCAGUGUGCCGCUGUAUCUCGCAUUUACACAAGAGGAAAGUGGCCAUUAUGAUUCAUUGAUUGAACUUUCAAGACCCCAAUUUGUAGGAAAAUACAGGACAAUGCGGGAAAUCCGAAUAAAGUGCCGUUGUGGUGUCAACAACAAAAAUGCAAAUACUUUAAACUGUUGCGAGGCACCAAAACAAAGUAUUGGGAGAAGAAGAAAGUACUCAAGCAGAUGGAAAUGUUUGAAAGCGGGAAUAAAAUGUGGUGACAAGUGCAAAUGCAAAAGCUGUGGAAACGGAAGAAACUCACCUGAAGCAAGGCAAAGAAAGAACUACAGAAGCAAGUUUAUUAAAACAUCUUUCACUAAAAGAAUAACAGAAAAACCAUUUUUAUUACAAAGGGAAGGCGCGGAUUACACACGUAGCAGUUUUUCUGUGUUGGAACUUAUGAUUUUGGAAUUUUACUUACUGUCGUUGGGAAUCAAAUCUUGUAAAAACAAACCAGAAAAAGUGGCAAAGCUCUACAACUCAUGUAUUGAUUUUUAUAACCGCUCUACAGCACACAAAUUAACUCGGAGGUCGAUUACUGAAAUAAAAACGGAAAUG